UUUUUAUUAUUUCUUUCUUGGAGGGAAAGUACAUUCAUUUGGGCUGAGCUUUUUGUAAAAUCGACCUUUUCACACCGUAGAAAGCCAUCAUUCGGAAAGAAGAGCAGAAUUUCCCCUCUUAUGCUAUUUCUCACAUAUAACGUAAAGUAAAAAAAAAACCAACAAACAAAAAAAUGACGAAGAAAAAAAAAACAAAAAAAAACGUUUGGCCAGGGUACAAAAACAAAUAUCUCAAUUCCGCCGUUCGUCGCUCCAGUUUCCUUUAUUUAAAGCCUUUUUCCUUCAUCUCUUUCCGUUCUCUCCCUAACUUUCUCUGCUCUUUUUGUAGAAAUCUCAUUCUACACCCAUGCGGGGUUCUUCUGGGGGCAAUUGUCAGCAUAGGGGGCUUUUGAUAGCGUGCAGCGAACUGUAAUAAUAGAGAAAAAGGUAAUGAAAAUUACAGAAAAUAAUCUUUCACUUGCUUUUAGGAGAACAUCAUCAGACAGGUUAUUAGAAUAUGAACAAGAGUCAUAAGGGAUGACGAAGAUAAUAAAUGUGAGAAUGCAAAUGGUGCCACCAGUUUUUGAUGAGCACUGAGUGGUUAAGGCUCAGAUGUUGCCAGGCAGCAAAGCGUCUCCCUAGCAACGAAAUAACCUCGCUUUUACGGAGUGACCGCACUUGUUAGUGAUUGGAUGCCGAUAAAAAGCGGAAAACAACUCAGAAAUGAUCCAGAAUAUUCGUCGCAGAAUUGUUUCUUAUUAAACCAGUGUUAAUUUACUGUCUUUAUCACUAUAAAUAAUUUAUAUAGCGUCGGAUGAAUAACAAAAACUAAAGCGAAGGUUAAUCAAAUGUGUAUUAAUUUGACAGUUUGCGAGCUGACGGAAAUAAAAAUUCAGUGAAAAAUAGGUGAUUUUCUUUUACGUCCUCCAAACAAGGAAUCUCAAGAAAUCAAAUCUAGAUUAUACUUCGCUGAAACGCGCACCACUUUUUACAUGUUUACAAUUUAGUGGGUUUAUCAAGCUGCGUUCAUAAACGAGCUCAAACUGGAAUUCAAAUUAAUUUUUCUCAAAAUAAAGUAACUUGUUAAGUGUUUCACAGUUUGGAAAAGAAGUAUGCGCAUGAAUUAAUUACUGUAGUGAUUGCCGUAAAGCGUAGAGUUUCACAAAAACAAAGGGGAUGCUUAUUACUCCGAUCAUUUCCGUUUUUUAGCCGGGUAUUUGUUAUUUGUUAGCCUAUAUAUACACCGUUGCAGUAUAUGUGGUUUUCUCAGGUAAUUGAGCCAAAUUGAAAACAUAGCCCGAAAAAGCAACUUCAUAAUAAGUGGCAGCACGGCUGAAAGAAAUGAGGAGCGUUAAAACAGAUAAUUGGGUUCACAUUCUUCGAGGAUAGCAUUGCGAUCGCCACAUCAACGUACAGUGUGUCUCGCCAGAAACGCCAAUCGCUGAGGAGAUAUUGUGAGAAGUGUUAACUCUGAGGGCGGCGCUUCGAAGCCUUUUAAUUGUAGUUUAAAUCGAACAGAAAAGGCCAUGAAUUUAAUGUAGAAACAGUUCACCUGUUCGAAAGACAAAUAUUACGCUAUGUGCAUAUGGAUUUAUUCUAAAUACACAUUGAUUUCAUUAUUUGUCCAUCUGCUCUUACGUUAAAAAACCUAGAGUAAAGCCUUCGUCAAGAUCCUCUAUCUGGCUGGAGAAGGCCGGAAUUUCAUUCGGUUAAAAACAAAAGAUGCACGCUACGUAUGUUAUCAGUUGGAAAUGGAAUUUAAGAUGAGAUACGGCGAAUUCUCGCGCCACUCAGUUAACUUUUUGGCUUUGUACCUCUCAUCUGAUGAUUUAGCAGCAUCAUAUUGACGAUGUUUCAGAAUUUGUGCAAGACUUACAUUAUAUCAAUUUUGCUUCUUCAAUGUCGGUGUGGUAGUAUUGACGCGACUUCGACUCCUUUAAUUCAACCAGUUGUGAAGCUCGUCUUUAUCUCCGAGGAAAUUCAACGAUACGAUCUGAAUUCGACUUGUGAGCAGAUACUUCAGCGCUACAAAGAUGUCUCGUCUGUUCUGAGUUUGGAAGGAACGGCAAUAGAGUGGAAGCAAAAAGAAACGCCGCAUUCACUGUGGCGAAAAAUUCUAGAGCACAUAAUCGAACACAAUGCUAGUGUCGUGAUAAGCUUUCUACCGCCAAAGAAAAAUUAUGUACUUGUGGACGUACUGAGUAAGAGUGAUAUUCCGAUAAUUGGGCUUCAAAGUUCAACAGAAGAAUUCUACAAGACCUAUCAGGAAAGCUCGUGGUAUCUGUCAAUGCUUCCAUCAGAUGCUUUCCAAGCCCGCGUCUUAAUAGACCUGAUGCUAGAAUUUGAGGACAGUCGAUUUGUUUGCGUCACCACAGAGAAAUCACGUGACGACGCGCUGCUUUCUUAUCUCUUGCAAUACACAACGAACAUUGGUCAUCAGGCUGCUGCUCCCAGAUGUAUUAUCCUCCGUGAAAACAGCUUAUUGGAGGACCUUGGCUCGGGUUUGGCAGCCAUAAGUAGCAGCGGUGUGCGUUUAAUUGUUGUUCACUGUCAGGAAAAUGAGAGUACUGCUAUAAUAUCUCUUGCCAACAAACUCAGUUUAAAACUUUUAAGAGGUGACGUAUAUUGGAUCUUCACUGACAAAGCUGUUACUAUCAAUGCUAAUGCUUUUCCUGAGGGUUCGUUUGGCGUACAAAUAUUUCAAAGAACAGAGAAUACAAGUAUGGUGUCACUUUAUAAAAGGCUGCUCCAGGACUCGGUAGAGUUAUUUGUGUUGGGAUUGAAGAGCUCCCUGGAUUGGUUGACACGCUGUUAUAAACUGGAGUGUUUUCAGGGAAGGAUUUUUACCACUUUUAAAAGACAGCUCUACAGGGAGAUGAUGCGUCAUAGUUUUCCUGGCCAGACGGGACUUGUUCAAUUCGGUAACAAUGGCAAACGUACUUCCUUCAAAUUCACCAUAAUAAAGGCGUUGCGAUCACACGAUUUACAACAGGACGUGGAACAAAAUUGGCACGUGUUAGGAUUUGCCUGUCCAGAAAUGACCCUCCACAAUAGCCCCCAUAAUUUUGAGGCCUUUCUACCGAGGGACCUUCCUAAGCCGCGCCACUUGAGAAUAGUUACUAUUAAACAAGCGCCUUUUACAGCGAUCCAUGACGUGGAUUACAGCAGUAGACUGGGCACGAGUUGUCCGGCGAACACGGUUCCUUGUAGAGAAUUUCUUGAGGAUAAUGACACUUCUUCCUUUCCGGAGAAUGAAGGUUUCUGGAAACGCAGCAAAGGACCCUCAAGAAUUCAAUGCUGCUAUGGUGUUAUGAUCGACAUUCUUAUCAAGAUUCAAGAAAUCGAAGACUUUUCAUUCGACCUUUACCUGGUCAAGGAUGGAAAAUAUGGAUCAGUGGAUCCGACCACAAAACAAAUGAACGGAAUGAUCGGGGACGUUUACCGAGGGACCGCCGAUCUUGCUCUCGGUGUUAUUACAAUUACCGAAGAACGUUCGAAGUACGUCGGUUUUACGACUCCGUACACCGACACGGCGCUAAUGUUCUUUGUGAGGCGGUUUGAAGCAAAGAACAAAACUUUUGCACAAAUCAUAAGUGACAUGAGAUUGUUGAAAUCCUUCAGUACGGAACUGUGGCUUAUGUGUUUGAUUGCAUUCUUUGCGGUUGCAGUUACGAGUUGGGUCUUUGAAAAAUUAUAUUACUAUAGGGAUCAUAAGAGCGCUUAUCUUUUACCCUUCGAAUUCAUAGCGUACGUUUAUGGGAAUAUUUUUCAUGUACCCCUCACCAAAAUUCAGGCCAAAACUUACGCAGUUCCGAGCGUGAUGGUGGUGGCAAACCUUGCAGCCCUCGUUCUUGUCAGCUCGUACACCGCCAAUUUGCUGGCUUCUCUUAUCACUGUGGAGGAAACAAAUAUUGUGUCAGGCAUCGCAGACGAAAAGUUGGUAGAUCCUCCGACAGGGUUCGUAUUUGCAACAAUCAAAGACACAAGUACAGAGGACUUCUUUAAGAAAAGUCGGAGUGCCAGGUUGAGAAAGAUCUACGAAAACAUGAAAGAUCACAACGUGGAAACGUUCUCCGAUGGAAUGAAAAAACUCCGAUCAGGAGAACUGACAGUCUUCAUAUCCGAAACAGGCGCUGAAGACGAUCCGAAUUGUGAGAUCAAAGAGAAUGGUGUGCCUUUUGGAUUAUCUGGCCUCGCCUUCGCAUUGCAGAGGAACUCUUCGUGGACUCAUCAAAUUUCCCGCGCGAUUCACAAACUCAACGCGCAUGACACAAUACCGCAAAUAUUUCAGAAAUGGACGACGUCUCGAUGCAAAGUUUCGCAGCAAACUGUGGUCGCCCGUCCGAUGGGUCUUGGCGAGUUUGGAGGAUUCUUUUUCAACACUGCUAUGAUUUGUUGUGGAUGCUUUCUCCUCAUGUUGGCCGAAAUUGUCGUUUAUCGCAAAAUAAGUAGAACUAGGAGCAGCUUUAGUCCACAACAGAAUGGAAUAACACAAAAUGUUCUGGCACUACCCGACAGUUAGUCGAUGAUUCGUAUUCUAAAUAAUUAAAUUAUGAAAUUAAUGCUUUCGUUUUUUUACGGGUAGGCCUUAAUUUGUAUAGAUAAAGAAAUAAUAAAAAAUUAUAUUUUCAAAUUUUAAGGAUAAUUUGUAUGGAAUCAAAGCUGGUCUUGAUUGGAAGCUCUAACCUAAAAGCUUUGUUUAUAUAACCUCUGUUAUUGCAGAGCUCAAAGUUAGAGCACUCAGUUUUC